UGUUGACCAUGAGUGAACUCCCAUCCUCGACCCCCGUGGGGCCCUCAGGACUCCAGCUAAGCAAAGGCCCCCGGGGCUCCUCGGAGGAGGCUCCUGCAGCUGCAUCAGAGCCUCGGCACAGCCUGGGCGUCUUCCACGCCUCCUACAGCGUCAGCUACCGCGUCGGGCCCUGGUGGGACAUCGCAUCUCGUCGGCAGCGGUGGAACAGGCAGAUCCUCAAAGAUGUCUCCUUGUACGUGGAGAGCGGGCAGAUCAUGUGCAUCUUGGGGAGCUCAGGCUCCGGGAAAACCACGCUGCUGGACGCCAUGUCCGGGAGGCUGCGGCGCCAGGGGACCUUGCUCGGGGAGGUGUGCGUGAACGGCCAGGCGCUGCGCAGGGACCAGUUCCAGGACUGCUUCUCCUACGUCCUGCAGAGCGACACUCUGCUGAGCAGCCUCACGGUGCGCGAGACGCUGGGCUACACGGCGCUGCUGGCCAUCCGCGGGGCCUCCCGGGCCUUCAUCCAGAAGAAGGUGGAGGCCGUCAUGGCCGAGCUGAGUCUGAGCCACGUGGCCGACCAACUGAUCGGCAACUACAACUUCGGGGGAAUCUCCACUGGCGAGCGGAGGCGGGUCUCCAUCGCAGCCCAGCUCCUCCAGGAUCCCACCAUCAUGCUGUUUGAUGAGCCCACGACAGGCCUGGACUGCAUGACUGCAAACCAGAUCGUCGUCCUCCUCGCAGAGCUGGCCCGCAGGGACCGCAUCGUGAUCCUCACCAUCCACCAGCCCCGCUCUGAGCUCUUCCAGCUCUUUGACAGAAUCGCCAUUCUGAGCUUCGGAGAGCUGGUUUUCUGCGGGACACCGGUGGAAAUGCUUGAGUUCUUCAGUGGCUGUGGCUACCCUUGUCCUGAACAUUCAAACCCUUUUGAUUUCUAUAUGGACCUGACAUCAGUGGAUACCCAAAGCAAAGAACGGGAAAUGGAAACCUACAAGAGAGUCCAAUCGAUUGGAUCUGCCUACAGAGAAUCAGCAAUUUAUCACAAAACCUUGGAGAAUAUCGAAAGAACAAAACACCUGAAAACAUUACCAAUGGUUCCUUUCAAAACCAGAGACUCCCCUGGAACUCUUUCUAAACUGUGUGUUCUUUUGAGGAGAGUGACGAGAAACUUAAUGAGAAAUAAGCUGGCAGUGGUUAUGCGUCUGGUUCAGAAUCUGAUCAUGGGUUUGUUCGUCAUUUUCUUCCUUGUACGGGUCCAGAACGAUGUGCUCAAAGGUGCUUUCCAGGACCGCGUGGGUCUCCUGUACCAGUUUGUGGGUGCCAUGCCAUACACAGGCAUGCUCAACGCAGUGACUCUGUUUCCUGUGCUGCGAGCGGUCAGUGAUCAGGAGAGCCAGGACGGCCUGUACCAGAAGUGGCAGAUGCUGCUGGCCUAUGUGCUGCACGUCCUCCCCUUCAGCGUCAUUGCCACCAUGAUCUUCAGCAGCGUGAGCUACUGGACUCUGGGCUUGUACCCCGAGGUUGCCAGAUUUGGAUAUUUCUCUGCUGCUCUCCUGGCCCCCCACUUAAUUGGGGAAUUUCUAACUCUCGUGCUACUUGGAAUGGUCCAAAACCCAAAUGUGGUCAACAGUAUAGUGGCUCUGCUCUGCAUUGCUGGGGUGCUGGUGGGAUCCGGACUCGUAAGGAACAUAGAAGAAAUGCCCAUUCCUUUUAAAAUCUUCACUUAUUUUACAUUCCAAAAAUACUGCUCUGAGAUUCUUGUAGUCAAUGAAUUCUAUGGACGGAAUUUCACUUGUGGCAGCUCAAAUGGUUCUGUGACAGCUAAUCCAACGUGUGCCUUCAAUCAAGGACUCCAAUUCAUUGAGAGAAUCAGCCCGGGUGCAACAUCCCGAUUCACAGCAGACUUCCUGAUCCUGUAUGCGUUUAUUCCAGCUCUUGUCCUCCUAGGAACAGUUGUGUUUAAAGUGCGGGAUCAUCUCAUUAGCAGAUAGUAAAGCACGUUGCUGUGAGAAUGGAACUGAAGCUCCUAGAGGUGCCUGGCUGCAUUGAAUGUCUGAAAUAAGAAUGCCUCCUGUUUCUGUCUUGACAGUACAUCUGAAGUCUUUUAAACCAUUAAGACUCCUUUUGUGCUCUUGGAUCCAUGAGGCCUUGAAUGCUAUUCCAAGUUGUAGGGACAUGUGGUAUUUAGAAAUUGUGACUAAGCCAGUCCAAAAUGUAGAUAAUAAUACUUCAUAAAGUUAUGGAGACUGUAAUAUUUGUUUUCUUUGCUUUAGAGAGAAAAAUAGGUCGGUUAAAAAAUUAUGCUUACAUUCGCUAAAGGAUUCAGUAAAAAGAAUCCUGAAUAGUUAGCAGAAAAGUAGCAGAAAAGGGAG